UAUCGAGCUAUUUGAAAGAUUUGGAAUGCAAAAUCAAAUACAAUUACAAUCUCAAUUUUUAACUCCAACGACAACAUUAACACCACCUGUCAGCCCCUUAUCAUAUUAUGAACCUGCUGAUUUCGCAAUAUCAACAGAAAUACCAGCAGAUUGGAGUACCAUUCCUCAAUUUACCCAAUCUAUUAUUCCAGAUCGUGAUUAUUGA